ACGCAACGCAAAACGACAAUCUAGAGGAGAAUAGUGGUGGCGGGAAGCAACCAUAUGAGAUCCGUAUAUUCGAAUUUACCAUUUUGCCCUCCUCCCCCUUCCUCAAUCUUCCUCAUAAAUUCCCAAGAUACGUGUCCCUGGGUCUCCCUCCGGACGCGACACCUCUCUCUCUCGUCUCGCCUUCCAAUCCAAGCAAAGCAAUUCAUAAAUACCGAAAUUUUCAGAAUUAAUUAAACAAAAGCCCCCAAAAAAAAAAGAUGAUGAAAGCUUUGCUGUGAAAUGUGAACGCUUCCCUCCUCUGCCGUCCUUCAAUCCCGGCCCUUGAUUCGUCCACGUGGACUCCCCAUUCUCUCUGUCUCUCUCGGCGUGCCUUUGUCUCUGUUAUGAAGUUCGCCGGUGAUUGCUUUCUCUUCUUUCUAUGGAAUUUCCUUAUUCUUCAUCAACAACAAGUGAUUGGUGACAAAUUGGGCGCAAAGCUUGAUUGUGAUGGGGAAAGGUGACGCUGGUCGCUGCAUUUUCCCCCUCACCAGUUUGCAAAUUGGAGACUUGCAGUCUUACCUUUCGGAUCUUAGCCUUUUCCUGGCCCCUGAAAGCAAGAAAUUCUAUAUCUUGGUUGACAAUCGGCCAUGGCUAGGCUCACGGUCAGCACACUUGUGGCAAUUGAUGGUUACCAAGUCAAGGUUAUCUCCUUUUGCCAACUCUAAAGCACGGAAGUUGAGAACAGAAGGAAAGGAUGCUUGCUCCUUACCCAAGACUGCAAAACCAAAGAAGUUUGCUAGGUGGUUCUCGUUGAUUAAGUCUCAGAAGAAGGUAUUGCUACCUGUAAAGAAACUAAGGACUUCUUUGCUUCUAAGCCAGGAGUUGCAUAGGACCUUGUAUGGUUUUAUUGUGUUUGAAGUUGCAUGGAGCAAUGUUCGAGGUAUUAAUUACGUCAAUGAGCUUCAGACUGAUACAUCACUGGCUGUAGAGGCUAAAUUCAUGCAAAGAUGGGAAUUUGACAGUAUUGCUCAAGCUGCAAGUUGUAUAUCUUCAUGGUUCUCAGGAACAAUCUCUGAGCAGCUACAGUUGAAAGAGUAUCUGAAUUCUGCCAUAGGUAGUCUCCACAAGGGUGUUUCUGUUGCACAGGACUCAGAAGGAGAGGUCUUCUUUGAUGCCAAAGAAUAUCCAGAUGCCGAAGAAUAUCCAGAAACGAUGCCGGUUGUUGAAGAAAAUCUCUCGUAUAAUAAUCUGUCUAUGGAGGAAAACUCUCUCCACUGCCUUAGUAGCAACUAUAGUGUACAUCCGGAAACCAGUGAAAAUGGGACCAGUGUUGCACAUACAUCACCUCCACCUACUGGGCCUUAUAAGAGGCGGAAAAUAACCACGUCCAUCAGCACUGGAGUUGAACUAGAUACUUAUUCCGAGGAAAUGCAAAAUCCUGCGACCUAUAUCAGUGACUCUGAAGAUUCUGAGACCUAUACCUGUAACAGUGAAGAUGAAAUGCAGAACUCUGAGGCUUAUUCCUGUUACUGUCAAGAUGAAAUGCAAAACUCUGACGUCUAUACCCGGGACUGUGAAGAUGAAAUGCAAAACUCCGAGACCUUUACCAGCGACUGUGAAGACGCUAUACCAGAGACUGUAAAGACAACCUGUGAUGAUGCUUUUAAAGCUACCCAGUUCAGGGAAGAUGCUAUACCAGUAACUGUGGAUACCUAUACCAGUGACUCUGUAGAUGCUGUUGAAGCUACCCAGUACAGGGACGUACUUAUUUUGUUCAGGUUCAAUGACCGCAACCUCCCAUUUAAACUAAGAGAAAUAAUAAUGUCUGAUCUUCGGUUACUGACAUUGCUUGAGGCUGGGCUUCCAUCUUGGGUUAUCUUCCUUCAGUCAUACCCAGGGUUUUGCCAUAUCUAUCGCCCGUGGAUGUGCCCUCUUGCAAGAGCGUUAUAUGUGCUGAUCUCAGUUGUCACUGUUCUAAUAGGAUUUUAUGACCUAUACAAAAAUGUUCCAGUUCUCAAGGUAACUGCAUCUCGUCUUUGUGGGCCUCUAUUUGAUUGGAUAGAGACCUGGUCGAUGAUAUCAAGGAUCAAAUACUUGGGAACAAUGCUAUUUCUACACAACUCUCAGAAAGCUGUUCAGUGGUUUCUGACAAUCAGAAGCACCACUCGAUCCUUUAUUUCAGUUCUCGCUCAGCCAUUGGCAGAACCUCUUCUGGAGUGUUUUGGAUUCCUCAUUCCAGUAUGGAAUGUGCUUAUUGAAGUAAUAGAAAGCCUCUGUUCAAUCAUUUGGAUUCUGGUUGGAUCUUCAUGCAGUCUAGUGGGGAACCUAGUACAGAUUUUACUAGUUCCAAUAUGGUUUCUCCUAUCGGCCAUCUUGAGCAUUGGAACUUCCAUUGUAUACCCUAUGUUGAUGAUGCUAUGGGAAAUAGUCUAUGCUCCGGUUCGCAUGGUUGUUGCAGUAGCCAAUUUCCUAGCUUUUAUUUGUACCUGUAUAUAUGACAUGCUUCGAGACAUAUGGCAGUUUACUAGCAGCAUAUUCCAGUUUGCUUCAGCCUCUCAGGCAACUGUGAGAACGGUUGAAGUUUCCGUAUGGCGUUCACUUUGGAAUGACCUCUUUUCUCAGGUUUUCCGUGCGAUCAGGAGUAUCUUAAAUGGUUUUGUUGCAUUCUUCAUAGCUUGUAACAGGCAUCGCCUUAGCAUUUAUAAUCAUAUACAAGAGUUUAUCCAAAGAUUACUGGGUCGAACCCGGAGAUCACGGCGUGAAGAUUCAAGACGUAGCAAGCCAACCGUUGAGACACGGAAUCUGUCAGAAUUAAGAAGGAAAAUCAACCUUGAGUAGGGUUUGGAUAGUUUUUGGAGGAACACAGACAAGAGAGUACUUUCUUUGAGAAGUGCUGGCGACAUCGUGUAAAAACACCUUGACUUGAACAAUCUAAGAGAUGCAUUUGGCCAAAGAAGAAUAUGUAAGAGAUGUAGCGACAGCGACAUGUUAAUACCACUGGAAGAGCUUUGUUUUUUUUUUCUUUCA